AAAAACUUACCUCCUUCUCAGCUCGCUUACAGUGCUUCCGGCUAAAGGAUGGGUGACAAUAAUGUGGAGCGGAAUACGGAGAGUCGUUUGCGGCGAGUCGCCGAGGAGAUGGGAAUGCUACUCAUCGUAGGCAAAAACAUAGUAAAGCGGCUCAAAACACAGCUGUCGUAUUCCGGGUUUCACUUUAAAUAAACGUUCAGUGGCUCGUCUCGUCCGGUAGGUUUGCGGGAUUCGGAUGAGCAGAAAUGAGCUUUGUCGAUCUGUAGGUGCCGCUCGGCUUUCAGAUUCACGCACCUCUCCGCGUUGAGCGCUGCGUCGGAGCGAAAGCGCAUCUCGUGGCCGUUGGCCGGCACCGGCGCGUUCGGCGCAGGACAGGAGCGCGUUCCUCAACGACCGUGUUACAGGCCACCGGCGGCGCGUGAGCGGCUCGCGGCCGUUCUCACGCGUCUCGUUCAGAUAGCGCUCCGCCGCUGCACUCUGCCCACUUCCUGCAGACCCACCGUGUGAGCUAACCGCCAUCGCGCCGGCCCUCUGCGGACCGGCCACCCCCGCGCUCGGCUCCGCGGCGUCGCGGUAACGGAGCUGCCGCAGGGCUCUUCUGACGGCAGUGUGACCGCCCGCCGCCUGCAGCCGCGUCCCCCGAGCGCAGUGCCGAUGGCCGCUUUCAUCGCAGACGUGCAGUGAGUUCCGCACGUUCACCGUGAUCUCGGUCCAAGGCGAUUCGAGGUGAACGGGGAAGUGUCGUGACGGUCCAGCUGCAGGACUUGCGCUCCCGCCAGCGUGCGUCGUCCCGCAGAGGACAGGAUCCGACCGCGGUGCGGCCACGCCGUAGCGCCACGGUGCGUUUUGUUAACCUUCAUCUGACGAUUUGAAGAAACGACUCGGUCAUUGAAAUGGGAAACCGCUUCUCCUGAUCUUUGGAGUCUCCUUCGGCACUUGAUGAAGUUACUGUUUCGUUGAGCCCAGAGGCUCGUUGUUGAGGAGAACUGUGCUUGACUCCCUCCCUGUGGGCCCUGUGUUUCUAGCGGUGACUUGGCGGUCACCCAUGGGCACUGGACACUGGUGACAUGUGGACAUUGCACAUAGCGGGCACUGGACGCACAGUGGAGGCCAUCGUGGAGUUUGACUACAAGGCCCAGCACGAUGACGAGUUGACCAUCACUGUCGGUGACAUCAUCAGCAACAUCCGCAAAGAUGAGGGUGGCUGGUGGGAGGGCGAGCUGGCUGGCCGCAGGGGUCUCUUCCCGGACAACUUUGUCAGGGAGAUCAAAAAAGAGGCCAAGAAGGAGUGCAGUCAGUUGAGCAGUGGCCAGAGGAAAGCUGAGCUCUCCAACGGGAAUACCAGCACCAGCCCUGGGUUUGAGCCCAGCCUCCGGAGUGCAAAGAAAGGUGAUGUCAUCCGGAGGAGGAGAUGUAAGGUGGCCUUUAGCUACACCCCCCAGAAUGAUGACGAACUGGAGCUGAAGCUUGGCGAUGUUAUUGAGAUCCUGGGUGAGGUGGAGGAGGGCUGGUGGGAGGGUACCCUCAACGGGAAGACGGGCAUGUUUCCCUCCAACUUCACCAAGCUGCUUCCUGACCCAAACGACCCCCCCACACCUCAGGAUGAGGGCUGCAGCGCGAGGACCAGCCUGAAGGACAGCACAGGUUCGGAAAGCGACGGCGGUGACUCGAGCAGCCUGAAGUCUGACACAGGCAGUGUGGCUUCGAGUAGCGAGGUGCAGCCCAAGAAAGUGCGCGGGUUUGGGUUUGGGGAUAUUUUUAAGGACCGCCCCAUUAAGCUCCGCCCACGCUCCAUGGAAAUGGACAGCGAGGUUGAGAAAGCAGUGAAGAAAGCCCCUCCAGUCCCCACUGCCCAGGAGAUCAUGAAUACGGAGCCAGACAGCAAGAGCAAAGUGAAGGAGCUCUGCAAAGUCCUCUUUCCAUAUGAAGCACAGAAUGAGGAUGAGCUGUCCAUCAAGGAGGGGGAGAUUGUGACCAUUAUUAGUAAGGAGUGUGUGGAUACCGGAUGGUGGCUGGGAGAACUGAAGGGCAGACAGGGCGUCUUUCCUGACAACUUUGUCAAACUGUUUGUCCCAGAAGUGGAAAAGGAGAGGCCUAAGAAACCCCCACCCCCGACUGCACCAGUAGCAAAACCGAACACAGACCGACAGCUGGGCACUAAACCAGACGCUAAACUGGACUCGAUUAAUCAAGUUCCAUCCAAGUGUCCCAAGUCGCUGCCCCACAGAGGAGAGGAGAAAGAGGAGCUGAAGAUCACAGACAUACCAAAACCAGCCCUCCCUGGCACCCUUCCAAAGAAGCCUCUGCCGCUGAAGAACGCCAACUCUUUGGGGCAUCCCCCGUCUUUUCCCCCCAAGCGCCCGGAGCGACCUGCUGCCCCCAACAUUCAGGGUGACCGUUCGAAAGUGGAGGGAGAGGCUUCGACGCCAGAUCGGGGGUCCUCAGAUAAAUCCAGUGACAUUGAUGUUGAAGACCUCGACUCGAUCGUGUCGUCCACGGAGCGGCUGAACCAUCCAACUACAUCUCGACCCCGUAUGACUGACCGACGGCCGCGGUCACAAAUUUUUACCUCUUCCUCUCUCUCCAGCUUAGAAGCACAGGAUUCUCAGUCUGUUGAUGAAGAUAGAGGAGAGAGGGAGGAGGGGCAGGAGUCACCAACCUCGAAAGGUCUCAACAGUUCCAAGAAAGUGCCCAAAGUGGUCUCAGCCUUACCAGCCACUGAAAAAUCUGCUGUGCCUCCCAAGCCAACUAGCGCUCCUCCAUCCUCAAGCACCGGCAGCCAACUUGCAUCGCCCCCCCUACCCCUCGUCUCUGAGCACCUUGGACUGGAGGAGCUCAGGGCUCAGCUCUGCGACUUGAGAGCUGCUGUAGAGCUGAUGAAGGCUCAGCACAGGAGAGAGAUGAAGCAGCUGAGGAAUGAAAUGGAUGAGGAAAGAAAAAUUCGCCUCUCACUACAGGUGGAGGUGGAGCAUAUAAAGAAAGCGCUUUCCAAGUGAGUACCAGGUGCUGGAUGCAGCUUGUAACCGUGGACCAGACACUUGAAGACACUCCACAGCGGAAACUUUUGUGCCAAAAAUAUUCUGAUAAAAUAACGUGCACCAUAGAAAUGAAGAAUUUGCAAACUUUCUUCUUAUUUGAGUCACUUCUUGUUUUGUCUCUGUUUUCGAACUGCUUCUGGAAGUCACCUGGGGACAGGUGUUGAGUGUUGUCAUGGUGACGAGUCUGUCAGCUGUCCAGUGAGAUACCGGUGCAGCUGCCUUGAUGUCACGCUGGUACUGGUUUUAACUAUAUACUCCUCAGAAAAAAACGGAGAGGAACAUGUGAGAUGUUUUUCCACUAAAACAGUUAAGUGUCUUGCUUUUCACUUUUCUCUUUGUUUUUCUGAGCUGCAUUUUUAUUGUUUUCAAGAGGGCAACUUGUGUGUGUGUAUGUGUCUGAAAGACUGCACACAUUCUGCCACCUGGCCUAAAAACUCCAUGGUGACCAUUCACAGAUUUUAAAAAUCCCACACAAAUCUUCCUUUGCUUGCUUUUUUGUCUUUAUGGCGAUAACGAGAAAAAUAAAUGUCACUUUCUGACUUGGU